UGUAAAACACAAAAACAAUGUAUCCGUUCUAUAUAGGACCACAAUGGAGAAAUACUUUCUUACUUGCCACUGGGGGUUGAACGAUUGGCCCCGUUGGCGAGAGGCCUGAGAGGCAGAUCGCUGGUUCCACAACAAAACGAGCCUUCUCCUUGUUCCUGAACGUGUAAACGCUUGACCCGCCGCUUUUUUGAAAAGCCGCGGUCCUAACACCGAGCCCAGUCAAGUUAAGCGCUGAGAGCAACAACUUGCUCGUUUGCUGGUUGCGUGCAACUCAUAUGGUGUUAGAGGCAACCUAUACAACCUGGGACUUUGUCCGCUGGUCCACCCUGCUCCUCGCUUCGGGAUGGUAUGGUGCCUUUUGGGGAAUUAGCAUGUUGGGAUGGUCCGUCGCUCGGGCUGUAUAUACUCGCCGCCCACGUUCGCCGUUGGCUUCAGCACGCCCAGACACUCCUGUGCCUGGCGUGUCGAUCAUUCGUCCUCUCAGAGGGCUAGACCCAAACUUGUAUGAAAAUUUGGAGUCCUCCCUUAGGCAGGAGUACCCCAACUUCGAGGUUAUCUUCGCCGUGCAAGACCCGGAUGACCAAGCGUUGAAAGUCGUGAGAGACCUCAUUGCCAACUAUCCAUCAGUGCCUACUCAGAUAAUUGUCGGUAAUGAGGUCGUUGGCAGCAACCCCAAAGUUAACAAUCUUGUGCGGUCGUUCCAACAAGCUCGCCACAAUAUAAUUUGGAUUCUAGACUCAAACGUAUGCACUGAGUCCGGGACACUCACGCGUUCAGUGGACGCAUUGACGCGGCCAUCUCCCCGCUCAGGGUCGCUUCCUACCACCGUUCAGCCCACGCGCCGUUCGCGCGUCGGCGUUGUCCACCACGUUCCCUUCGCAAUGACCUAUGGCGCCUCUCAAUCACUUGGCUCGCGUAUAGAGGAAGCUUUCUUGAACACUACUCAUGCGAAAAUGUACAUUGCCAUCAACUACCUCGCCAUCGAGUCUUGCGUCAUGGGUAAAUCCAACAUGUAUCGCCGCUCGGACAUUGAACGCCUCACUGCAUUACCUUCAUCUCGCGGUCAAUAUAAGAGACAGAGAAUUACCGACACGGGCGAGCCAGAACCGCCGAUUUACCCACCAGAGAUCAUCACCGGCCUUCCCGCAUUUGGUGAGUUUCUCGCGGAAGACAACAUGAUCGCGGCCUCGAUGAUGCAUGAACUGGGUUUAUCGCACGGUAUGAGCUGUGAUGUUGCUAUUAAUGCCCUCGGGCCGAUGUCAGUUUAUGACUACAUUGAGCGAAGAGUUCGUUGGAUUCGCGUUCGAAAACACAUGGUCCUGACCGCCACGCUCCUCGAACCGUUCACCGAAUGCCUAGCCUUGCUGUUCAUUGGGUGGUACGUCAUCUCCGUCAGUGGUAUUGUACCGUUCUGGGCCUUCGCGUUGGUCCACAUUGGCGGGUGGCUGGCAUUGGAUUUGGGCGUUUACGCUGCUGUUGCUGGACAUCCUUUACCGGCAUCAAAGCGAUUUGCGUUCUUAUUUGCCUGGCUGCUCAGGGAAUUGAUGGCGUUUCCUAUAUGGCUGUACGGUGUGCUUGGGAGUGAUGUGGUUUGGCGUGGGCAAACCUACACAGUUCGACGAAAUGGGAAAGUGCGCAGACGGGAACAGGAUUCUGCAAAGUAUCUGCCUGGUAGGACAUUGCUUGGGGUUGUUUUUCCCUAGUACUUGUACUCUCUUCGAUUCUGUGAUGAUGGGAACAAUAUUGCUGUGAUGUCCAGGAAAAUUGAAUUGUGACCC